GUCUUGAAAACAUAAUAUUCUCUCCAUCUUUUCCAGAGUAUAUUCAGAAUCAAAAAUACUGAUUCUAUCUACUAGGAUGGGUGAGAAAAAGGAAGAAACGGCGACUAAACCUGAAGGAGACAAGAAGCCAGUCGAUGGUGGUAAUAACACCGUCGUGGUUAUGAAGCUUGACAUGCAUUGCGAAGGUUGUGGCAAGAAAAUCAAACGACUCUUGAAACAUACCAAAGGAGUGGAAGAUGUGAAGAUUGAUUAUAAGGCUGACAAGUUGACGGUGAUCGGAAACGUAGAUCCCACGGCAGUUCGAGAUAAAGUAGCUGAGAGAAUUAAGAGAAAGGUGGAAAUCGUCUCUACCGUGGCGCCUAAGAAAGAGGCUCCUCCUCCUUCAGGCGGUGAAAAGAAGGUGGCCGAUGAAAAACCUGCCGAGAAGAAGCCUGCCGAUGAGAAACCCGCCGGCGAAAAGAAAGUUGAGAAGAAAAAUGACGAAGGAGAGAAGAAAGCUUCUCCUCCUGCUCCACCAAAAGAGAGCACGGUGGUUCUGAAAACGAAACUACAUUGCGAAGGUUGCGAGCACAAAAUCAAGAGAAUAGUCAACAAAAUUAAGGGGGUUAAAUCAGUGGCCAUUGAUAGCGCCAAGGACUUGGUGAUAGUGAAGGGGAUCCUUGACAUUAAACAGCUCACUCCUUAUCUCAACGAGAAGCUUAAACGCACCGUCGAAGUUGUUCCGGCCCAAAAAGAGGAGGCAGCUGCGGCGGCUCCAGCUGGCGGGGAGAAGAAGGACAAAGGUGCUGGUGAAAAGAAAGAGACAAAAGAUGUUGGUGAUAAGAAGAAAGAAGUUGCAUCAGCCGGAGACGGUGGUGCAACGAUGGAUGUGAAGAAAUCGGAGUAUAGCGGGUAUGGCUAUCCACCUCAGCCGAUGUAUUACAACCCACCAGGACAAGUGUAUGGUCAACACUACAUGAUGCAAGGUCAAUCAUCUCAAUCCUAUGUGCAAGAACCGUAUGUGAACCACCAAGGAUAUGUACAUGAAGCGUAUACUAAUCAAGGAUACGGCCAAGGGUAUGGACAACAAGCACCACCACCACCGUACAUGAACCACCAAGGGUAUGCAGAUCCCUAUGCUCAUAUGCGUGCUCCCGAGAUGUUUAGUGAUGAGAAUCCAAAUGGGUGUUCUGUUAUGUGAGUGAAAUGAGAGGGGAGGAAAGUGUAAAUAACUAAGAAAUAUAGGGAGAGAAAAGGUAGAUAUGACAGAAUUGUAAUACUAAAGAAAUCACGGAUACUUCCGAGUCCGGUAAUCUAAACCGGCAAGAUUGGUCGGGUAGAACCGGUUUUUGAGAGGCGUGGGUUGGGUUUCAUAUGUUGUUGUUUGGUUUACUCUAUAGACUUUUAUAAAUAUAGUUUCACUUAUUAUAAGAUUGGAUCAUCCUCUGUUUUACAACUUUUGUGCUAAUGUAUGUAGUAGUCAAGUGAUCAUAAUGAAAAAAACUCUU